AUGUCGAGAUCGCGACGACGAGCUGGCAAAGAUGGCCGUGGUGGACAAGCCAGCAUGGUCAGCAGCAUUGUCAAUCUGCUGAAUACAAUUGUUGGGGCCGGCACACUUGCCAUGCCCUCUGUCCUGUCGCACAUGGGAAUAAUGCUCGGUGUGCUCCUCAUGGUCUGGUCUGGCUUGACCUCGGCCUUUGGUCUCUACCUCCAGUCCAGAUGCGCGCGCUACCUCGACCGCGGAAAAUCCUCCUUCUUCGCCCUGUCUCAGCUGACAUAUCCCAAUGCGUCCAUCAUUUUUGAUGCCGCUAUCGCGAUCAAGUGCUUCGGCGUUGGGGUCUCCUAUAUGAUUAUUAUCGGCGACCUCAUGCCCGGAGUGGCCUUGGGCUUCAACAGCGCCGCUGAUAGGAUUCCGUAUCUGGUGGACCGAAACUUUUGGAUUACUGCCUUUAUGCUUCUCGUCAUCCCUCUGAGUUUCCUCAAGAGGCUCGACUCGCUCAAGUAUACCAGCUUGGUUGCUUUGGUUUCGAUUGGAUAUCUUAUCAUUCUGGUCAUCUACCACUUUUCCGUCGACCCCCACGCCAGCCCAGACAAUAUUCGGGUUAUCCAGCCGGCUGGUGCCGUUGCGACACUGAGUGCAUUGCCAGUGGUUGUCUUUGCUUACACUUGUCAUCAGAAUAUGUUCUCCAUAAUCAACGAAAUUAACGAUAACACCCCGUCUAGCCUGGUGAGAGUUAUCGCGUCCAGCAUUGGGUCCGCAGCAUCGAUUUACGUCCUGGUGGCCGUUACUGGAUACAUCACUUUUGGUAACUCCAUUGUCGGAAAUAUCGUAUCCAUGUAUCCUACCGGAGUUGCUUCGACCAUUGGAAAAGCUGCCAUCGUUGUCCUUGUCCUGUUUUCCAUUCCCUUGCAAGUCCAUCCUUGCCGAGCUUCCGUCGACGCUGUUGUCAAUUGGCGACCUAGCAGGGGCAACUCGAACGGCGGCCGUGCUGGUUCCCCUCUACUAAACUCGGCACCAGUGCAACGUGGUGAUCACGGCAGCACCGCGCCAAUGUCUGAUCUUAGGUUUGCCCUCAUCACUACGGUUAUCCUUACUCUGGCCUACAUCACGGCUCUUUCAGUGAGCAGUCUAGAUCGUGUUCUUGCCUUCGUUGGUAGUACAGGAUCCACGUCCAUUAGUUUCAUAUUACCGGGUCUCUUUUAUUACAAAAUCAGCGAUCCCGAUAGUAUCCAUCACCAGCGCUUGGCCAAGGAAGACGAUGACAUGGACGGCUCUGACGACUCUGAAACCGAAGAUACGGGAGCACUCGCCCAGAGCACUCACAGCAUCGCUAGCGCGGCCAGUGCCACGAGUAACCGCAGCCGAAAUGCAUGGCGGUCACGCAGAAGAUGGCGAUGGGACUUGGAACACGUUGAUCACAGUCUUUUACGAAAGAUGGCAUUGGCGCUAGCGAUAUACGGAAUGAUAGUGAUGGCGGUUUGCCUUACUAUGAAUAUUUUCUUCGCCGUCGGUCAUUAACCAGGGCUUGGCCAGACACCUUCAUUUUACAACGAAAGAAAGAGCUCGCCUCUCUCUUAUCCUUUCACUCCUUUCUUCCUCUCUUUUAGAGAGGCCCUCUUAUUUUUGCCUAACAACUCAUACCGCAGACGUUGGUGCCCUGUUUGGUGUUGUCAUUGAAAAUGGCGUGCAUGGAGUUAUAGAUGAAAGGGGUCACUUUGGCGUUGCUUGCUUUUUUCUUAUAUGAAGUCUUGGGUAUAUCGAUGACACAGCUUUCGAUAUUCGUCCAACGAAAAAUCCCCUUAUAGCGGACUGUAUAAGUUAUUUCCCUGGCGAUGGAAGUUUUUCGAUAUCGAUAUGGAAGCGCUAUACGUCUCAGCGGGGGCCAGAAAUGUACUCUGAUAUGAGCCACUAGAGAGAAGACGAUAGGAAUAUUCUUAGACUGGUAUGAAUAGUGACGAGGUAUAAAGAUAUCGC